AGGUCUGGCAGAUGUGUCCAUAUCCCAGGACAUCCCAGUGGAAGGGGAGAUCACUGUUCCCGUGGGAUCUCGCUCUCCUGAUGAGGAUUACUCCACGCUGGAUGAGCCAGUCAGGGACACCAUUAUGAGAGACCUGAAGGCUGUUGGGAAGAAGUUUGUCCAUGUGAUGUACCCCAGGAAGAGCAGUGCACUCCUCAGGGACUGGGAUCUGUGGGGCCCCUUGGUGCUGUGUGUCUCCCUGGCUUUGAUGCUGCAGGGUGGCUCUGCAGACAGCAAGGACGAUGGAGGGCCCCAGUUUGCAGAGGUCUUUGUCAUCAUCUGGUUCGGUGCUGUCGUCAUCACACUCAACUCGAAGCUUCUGGGAGGAACCAUCUCCUUCUUUCAGAGCCUAUGUGUGCUGGGGUACUGCGUGCUGCCGCUGACGGUGGCCAUGCUGGUGUGCAGGCUGGUGCUGCUGGCGGGCGCCGGCACCAUCAGCUUCAUCGUGCGCCUCGUCGUCGUCCUGGCCAUGUUCGGGUGGUCCACCUUGGCCUCCACAGCGUUCCUGGCGGACAGCCAACCUCCGAACCGCAAGGCGCUCGUCGUCUACCCCAUCUUCCUCUUCUACUUCGUCAUCAGCUGGAUGAUCCUCACCUUCACCCCUCAGUGACCAGCCCAGGACUGCCACACGGGCUGGGGCUCCUCAUGGACGCUGCAGUCACCCCUUGGCUUCGUCUCCUAAUUUAUGCUAGGGAUGCUGUAAACAGGCAGGAUGCGGGAUAAAGCCAGAGAGCUGCAAAAGUGCUGGUUUGUGUGUCCCUCUUUGUGACAGAGCUCCAGCUGCUGAGUGCCUCAUGUGGCCCUGCUCUGUACUUGUGUUAAAUAAACAAAGCCUGCUGGGACGGGGAUUGCUCCACCUGAGGAGAGAGCACGAGAUCCUGGGAUUUCAAGCUGCUGGAUAUGAAGUUACGGGAUCACACAACUUGGCAGAGCUCCUGCCUGUGCUUGGAUUCUCACUGGAGAUGAAAAUGCCUUAUCAAACCA